AUUAAUUAUACAAGCUUACAAGUUGGAUACUAUCCAUUGAUUAGAGUCGAACGCCCGUCCUUAGUCUUAACGGCGACAACCGCGGGAAGCAUGUCGCGUAAAAACCGCGUUGCCCCUGUCUGGUAGUGCUUCCUGUUUCCUUAAAAGACAUCGAAUGACAUUUGAUGAGAAAAGGCAAUCGCUCUGAGAACAAUCUAGAACCAAUUGAAUAUCGCACAGUGAUUUUCGACUCACGUGGCAUUCAGGCCGUAUUUAUGUUGGCCCUUAACCAAGAUCGCACCUUAUCCGGUGCUUGAUCUAAUGAAUAGGCUAAAAAUAUUAACCGUCAUUCCUCGAUUUUAAACUUUAGGGUUUCAGACAAAAUUAGCCUUUCGACAUGACGAUGAACGUGUAAAGUGUUACUUUACGAGCGGUGUAGAACGUUAUAAAAAUAAAAUGAAAAUUGUCCAAGUUUCACCGUGCUUAACAAUAUUUAAGGCCUGAGAGCGAAGGGGUUUCUCGGAUAAAUCGGCAACUGAGCUCGCGGAGAUUGGUCGCAUGCAUUCGAAGGGGGUGCGUUCCCUCUGGCAGUGAAAAGGAUCGAUUCGGUUUCCCUGGUAACGACACCGUCAGAGAGGUCAGAACCACGGAUGGUGGUGGACGAGUACGAAAGCGAUGCAGUAACGACACCGUCGUCGCCGACGUCACAGCUGAGAUAUCUGCUCCGGAAGCUACCGUUUUGUCCCGCGUGCGCUUCGAACAUUCCUUACGGCCGUUCAGACUGCACGACGUCGCUUCGAAACGGGAAGCAUCAUGCGGAGGUAUCAGACCCUCCGCCCCAAUGCAGCAAUAACGUGGACUCGUUCGAUCAGCGGAACUCCGAGCAAGGAAGGAUGCAGGCUCAGGAGACGCCGAAGAUUCGACUGUUGCGACGAUGGAGCGACAUGCCACAGCACCUUCAGUUCAACCCUCACAUCCGGUCCGGGUACAGACCGCUCAUGACCGUUCGCCAAUGCCUUGGGAGUCUGUUCUACAUCCACAAUGAGACGAUUAAUAUCAUAACACAUGGCAUAAUCACCUCUGCGGAGGUGUUCGAAGGCAAUAAAAAAGCUAAAGCUAUAGCUAUUGUGAUUCAAUUAAGUAGAAAACUGGAUUACCCUUCAGUUACGCGAUUUCAAGGAUUUGCGAUCUUGUACAUGCUACUGACGAUACCGCAACUUCUUCCAUGGAGUACCCAAAGUAUCUUCCUAGGAAUCUUAUCUUGGUGCCACUUGAUCGGUGCCGUUAGUCCGUGGGUUGGUUCCUUUAUUUAUCACCUCUUCAUGAAUUUGAAUUACGACGCUAUCUUCUACAGAACGUUAUUGAAAUUAGACAUGAUUGGCAUAUGGCUGUGCCAAAGUUUCGGAGCUAUACCCAUGAUGGCCGCGACAGUUCACUGUUUACCCAAUGGCUACUGGUACUGCUGUAUGUUCAUCUACUGCUUCCUUAACAUUUGGGGGCUUCUGAAGGCGAUGAUCGCACGGUCUCCCUGGGAGAGAAGAUUAUGCUUUGCACCUCCUUUCCUCAUGAGGAUGUUGAUAAUGAUCCUACGGUGUUUCGAUAUCGGUGGCGGGUCUCCAGAUGCUUUACUUCACAUCGUAUUACAGGAUCUCAUAGCCGUGGUAGGAGCAAUUAUUGGGGCCAUGCGUAUCCCUGAAAAAUGGAUUCCAGGCAAAUUAGAUCUGGCGUUGAAUUCUCAUAAUUUGAUGCACGUGCUGGUCGUUCUGGCUGUGUGCUCGAUGCAUGCAGCGACUUUGCAAGAUCUUGCUUGGAUAUCUGACCCGUCUACGUGCAACGGAACGAGUCUCGUCGAGUUGAAGCACGAUGAACUGUGAUUGAAUAUUGUUCUUUGAAGUCUGUGAUAAAUCGAGCCUACGAGAACUGACGUUUAUUUAUGUAGAUACAUUUCAUAAUUGACUAGAUAAAUCUUUAAGAGCAGCUGUACAGAAAUGAAAGAAACAUAUACUAAAAUUUCAUAUGAUAAGGAAAAGAAGUAUCUUUAAACAGUUCGAGUACAAUUGCCAGUACAAAAAUGAUUUUAUCGUAUCCAAUAAUUAAAAAUGAUUGGAUGAACCAAUGUGUAUUUUAAGCAUCGUUUGAAUUAAAUCGUAGAAGGAUAAAUUGAUUGAAACGAAAUAAGCACAUCAAAAAUACGUUUAUUGUGAUUAUUAUAAGAAUUUAAUACCCACAGCAAAGUACAAGACAUGUUCCCGAGCAUUCGUACCUUUGACUCAUAAUGUCAAUGCUAUUCGCCAUUUUUAACAAAUAAAACUGUUCCAAAAUAUUAGAAUUGGUUAAUUCCAUAAACAGUGGUACAUAAAUGGCCCAUUUACAUUUAAAAAUUAUAGGCAUAGACCGGCUUCUUCAAUAAGUUUCAUAAUUCAGAAAAUAAAGAAUAUAUAUGUAUCGAGGUAAUAUAUCUUAAUUUUCGUUUCUUCCAUAUGCUUUGACUGAAUGUAUACGUUUCCAAGUAAGGUUCUAUGCAAAACUGAGCCGCAAGAAAUAUAAUGUAACAAAUAUAUUUUAACUUAAAUAAAAAUAAUUGAUAGAUAACACCUGCAAGGUGAAUAUAUUUUUGGUGUAAUGUUUAGCGUAUAUGUUCUUGCGGUUCCGAAACUGCUUACUCUAGGUAGCAUAUAGUUUCAUCAAAAUCAUGAAUAAAUCUGUUAUACUGUAAUGAUCGAUCUCUAAAUUUCUGUUAAACAAAUGGUAAAUAAUAAACAUAAAUAAAAAA